CCUCACUUCCUCUUUCCACCCACAACAUUCUCUUCCCGUUAUCUUUCACACUGCUACUCUGCAUGAAAAACUAAAACAAAGCCAAACACAGCGUAUAGUUCACUGGCAAUGGAGGGCACCGAGCCAGCUACUAGAGGAAGAACAACAGCACCAGAUGGGAAUCAGGGGGCAGACUCCUCUGUGCUGAUGUCCAGCAAGCCUCUGCAUCGUUUCGUCAAGAAUGAGCCCAGAAGUCUUGGGAUUGUCAUUCUGAUCUUUGGCUGUGCAGAGCUCCUGAUGGGAUUUCAGCUGGCCAGUGAAACUGUGCAAACCUCCAGUAGGAUCUACAUCCCCUUUUGGCAAGGAACUCUGUUUCUUAUCUGUGGAAACCUGUCUAUCUACACAGAGAUACAUCCAUCCAAGAAGAUGGUGACUGUGUGUUUGGCCAUGUAUGUGGUUUCCCUCCUGGGACUUGUAGUCUCUGUUGGCUACAGGAUAAACUGCCUCGCGGAUUAUAGACACCUGAUGUACUUGGCAAGAUAUGAAAUGGAGCAGCCUUUGGGAUCCUACAGAGUGGAUCAGAUUUCUGGCAUUGAAGGUGUACUGUUUGCCUCCUCUCUGUGUGUGUCAGUGCUGCUCAUCUUCCUGUGUGCCAUCGCACGUUUAGCACUGAAAUCCACACACACUCAGGUAAUUAUCCAGUGCGUCCCGGCACCACCACAGACUGACUAGGAUCAGCCUUUUCAGUUAUCACUCUACAAUAAGUAAUACUUCGUCAUUCCUUUAGUCCACCUAAUCUAACUCAAUUACAUGUGAAUGUUACGCCACCUAGUGGUAGCAGCUUUACAGCCAGCUAACUACAGUAGUCCUGAGAGGAGAAAAUGCAUUACUGAACCAUGUUUGUUUGCUUUUUGUAAAGUUUGUUUGUGAAUUAAUGAUAUUUGUCGUCUCAUGUGAGAUUUUACAUGCACUUAUUAUGGGAACUCUGCAUCCACUGAUAUCUCCAGCAAGGUCAAUGUGUACUCACUGUAUAGGUCAUAGUAAACACUUAGCUAUAUUACAUUAUUCACAGUGCACAUUAGACUCUGAAUCAAAGCCUUGAGGCUAACAGGUCGUACAUAUCACCUAAUCUUUAUGUAUAUUUUAUAAACAAUAAUGUGCAGUGAUGUAAUGCAACAAAACCGGGCUUCUAUAUUGACAUUAAAAUAACAUAGAAGUACAUUUUGUGUCUGCUCAGCAAUCCUUCAACGCACAGAAAAUCACACCAUGAAUGUUUUUUAUCUAAACAUACACAGUCAGUAAGAAUUUCUGAGACAUAUUGUGGAUACUUACUGUAAACCUUUAAUAUUUGUGUUGUCAAGAUUUGUUAUGAUCUGCAUUAUUAUUACAGUAUGUGCAGUGUUUACGCUGUAGACUGUAAUUUAAACUGUGCUUGCAGCUUUUACUCAUCAAUGUGAUUCUCUGUAUACUGUACAUUUAACUGAAGAUAUUUUAUAGUGUGAUUUUGGAUGAAUGAGCAGAUGUGGCUCUGUUUUUGGAUUCAGGACAGCUCGUCCACCUGUGAUUGCUACUUUAGAAAUGUUGCCUUGUACAAUACACAAUAAUCUAUCUGGUUUAUUCAUAAUUUACCUUUUGAUUUGAUUAAUAUGUUUAUAUAGUUAAUGAUGUUCAUCCCCAUGACUGUGAUAUGAAGAGCCUGAGUGGAAACCUGUUGCUACCUUUUGCCCGUGAAUGUGUGAAAAACAAAAAUUUGGGCAGGGACCACUUUUCAGAGAUCCAGCUUUAGCUUUUAGAUGUAUUUGGUGCAUCAGUGUGAAAUGUUGUCUUUGUUAAAUAAACAAUUUUUUUAAAAAUA